AUGGGCCGCGUUCGAACAAAGACCGUGAAGAAAGCAGCGCGGGUGAUCGUGGAAAAGUAUUACGGCAAGCUGACCCUGGAUUUCCAGGUCAACAAGAAGAUUACUGAGGAGGUUGCCACCAUUCCUUCCAAGCGGCUGCGAAACAAGAUUGCUGGCUUCACGACGCACCUGAUGAAGCGCAUUCAAAAGGGACCCGUGCGCGGCAUUUCCCUGAAGCUGCAGGAAGAGGAGCGUGAAAGGCGAAUGGAGUUCGUGCCAGACCGGUCUGAGGUCAACACCGAUUUCAUCCAGGUCGACCCUGAUACACGCGAUAUGCUGAAGGAGCUGGAGAUGGACCGUUUGCCGAACAUUGCAACUUCCAACACUACACUGACUGGCAUGCCGCAAGUGAGCGAAGAGCUCUUCCUAGUGAACCAGUUUGGCAUUGCCACAGAGCCGGGUGCGCUUGCCGCAGCAAUGGGCCGCGUUCGAACAAAGACCGUGAAGAAAGCAGCGCGGGUGAUCGUGGAAAAGUAUUACGGCAAGCUGACCCUGGAUUUCCAGGUCAACAAGAAGAUUACUGAGGAGGUUGCCACCAUUCCUUCCAAGCGGCUGCGAAACAAGAUUGCUGGCUUCACGACGCACCUGAUGAAGCGCAUUCAAAAGGGACCCGUGCGCGGCAUUUCCCUGAAGCUGCAGGAAGAGGAGCGUGAAAGGCGAAUGGAGUUCGUGCCAGACCGGUCUGAGGUCAACACCGAUUUCAUCCAGGUCGACCCUGACACACGCGAUAUGCUGAAGGAGCUGGAGAUGGACCGUUUGCCGAACAUUGCAACUUCCAACACUACACUGACUGGCAUGUCGAUCGGUCGCGGCCUAAGCUGUUGCCGUGUCUGGAAGGAAAGCAUGCGAGGGCGGUUUGGUUCAUUCUUUCUGUCAUUCAUUCAUCCAUCCAUCCAUCCAUCCAUUCAUUUAUUCAUUCUUUCAUUCAUUCACUCAUUCAUUCAUUCAUUCAUUCAUUCAUUCAUUCAUUCAUUCAUUCAUUCAUUCAUUCAUUCAUUCAUUCAUUCAUUCAUUCAUUCAUUCAUUCAUUCAUUCAUUCAUUCAUUCAUUCAUUCAUUCAUUCAUUCAUUCAUUCAUUCAUUCAUUCAUUCAUUCAUUCAUUCAUUCAUUCAUUCAUUCAUUCAUUCAUUCAUUCAUUCAUUCAUUCAUUCAUUCAUUCAUUCAUUCAUUCAUUCAUUCAUUCAUUCAUUCAUUCAUUCAUUCAUUCAUUCAUUCAUUCAUUCAUUCAUUCAUUCGAGCAUCAUUGUUUCAUCUCAUCCGAGGCCGCAAGUGAGCGAAGAGCUCUUCCUAAUGAACCAGUCUGGCAUUGCCACAGAGCCGGGUGCGGAGAAAUCCCUGCAAGAGUCAAUGGCAGUUUGA